GAAACAAAAACAAAAAAAAAACAGAAUCAGAGAGGGACUGAGAAUCGAGAAGGAGCCAAGGAGACUGGGAGAGAGAGAGAGAGAUCACAGGCUUCACAAGAUGAUCGUCGAGUAUAUCUUCGCAGGCGUUCUUGCUUCCUUUUUAGGUUAUAUUCUGUUGUACCGUUGGCAGGCAGAAAAGAAGGAGGAUGAAGAGAAGAUAAGAGCUUCCGCCGAGAUCCGAAACGAAUGCAUAAGGACUCCCGUUAAUGGAGAAUGCAGUUCGGAUAACAAAGACAAUACUGAUGUCAUAAUUGUCGGAGCUGGUGUUGCUGGUUCUGCUCUCGCUUAUACGCUUGGCAAGGAUGGGCGCCGAGUGCAUUUGAUUGAGAGGGACUUGAAGGAACCUGACAGGAUAGUUGGCGAACUAUUACAGCCAGGGGGCUAUCUGAAGUUGAUUGAGUUGGGCCUUGAGGACUGUGUGGAGGAGAUUGAUUCUCAACGUGUAUUUGGGUAUGCUCUUUUCAAGGAUGGGAAGAGCACUAGACUGUCAUAUCCCUUGGAAAAAUUCCAUGCAGAUGUAUCUGGAAGGAGCUUUCAUCAUGGGCGUUUCAUACAACGGCUGCGGGAGAAAGCUGCAUCUCUUCCCAAUGUGCGAUUGGAGCAGGGAACUGUUACAUCCUUGCUUGAAGAAAAGGGUGCCAUUAAGGGGGUGGUAUACAAGACUAAGAUUGGUGAAGAGCUAAAUGCAUAUGCACCUCUUACAAUUGUAUGCGAUGGUUGUUUUUCCAAUUUGCACCGCACUCUCUGCAACCCAAAGGUUGAUAUCCCAUCUUGUUUUGUUGGUUUGCUCCUAGAGAACUGUCAACUUCCAUUUCCAAAUCAUGGACAUGUUAUCUUGGCAGAUCCUUCACCUCUCUUGUUUUAUCCCAUCAGCAGUACAGAGAUUCGUUGUUUGGUUGAUGUACCCGGGCAAAAAGUUCCUUCUAUUCCUAGUGGUGAAAUGGCAAACUAUUUGAAGACUGUGGUGGCUCCCCAGAUCCCCCCUGAGCUUUAUAAUUCCUUUAUAGCUGCAGUUGACAAAGGCAACAUAAGAACCAUGGCCAACAGAAGCAUGCCAGCUGCUCCUUAUCCUACUCCCGGGGCCCUAUUGAUGGGAGAUGCAUUUAAUAUGCGCCAUCCUUUAACUGGUGGAGGGAUGACUGUGGCAAUGUCUGAUAUUGUUGUCCUGCGGAAUCUCCUUAGGCCUCUGUGUGAUCUGAAUGAUGCACCUGCAUUAUGCAGAUAUCUAGAGUCAUUCUACACUUUGCGCAAGCCAGUAGCAGCUACCAUAAAUACAUUGGCAGGUGCUCUAUACAAGGUGUUUUGUGCUUCACCUGAUCAAGCAAGAAAUGAAAUGCGCCAAGCAUGUUUUGAUUAUUUAAGGCUUGGAGGUGUUUUCUCAUCAGGACCUGUGUCUCUACUUUCUGGUUUAAAUCCUAGUCCAUUGACCUUAGUUCUCCAUUUUUUUGCUGUGGCUAUAUAUGGUAUUGGUCGUUUAUUAUUUCCAUUUCCUUCACCAAAACGUCUCUGGAUUGGAGCUAGAUUGCUUUCGGGUGCAUCAGGUAUCAUUUUCCCCAUUAUAAAGGCAGAAGGAGUGAGGCAGAUGUUUUUCCCUGUGACCGUACCAGCAUAUUACAGAUCUCCUCCUGUUAAUUAAAAAAUAAUAGAAAACCCAUCAACUGUUCCUGGUGUUAGUGCUCUGUUAAGCGUCAUCUAUCAUCCAUCAAGACAGGCUGAUUUGUUAGCGGAUUCCAUUCCCUGAUCGAAGAUGACGGGGAGGGGCUACUCCAUUAGAAGGGGAUUUGGUGCAAAAAGUUAUAUUCCUGUCAUUAUUGCAGUUGGCUAUUUUCGAUAUGUGAAUGACAUUUCUCAAUGGACUCGAACUCGACUGUAUUAAAAUUUCGAUACGAUACGGGCAUAUUGUAUCGUAUCUUUUAAAAAUAGAUAUAGUAUA